AUGAUAGCCAGACUCCAGCUCCCAUAGCUUGCCUGCAAAAGUCUCUUAGCCUCAUUUUGUGUGUGUGUGUGUGUGUUUCUGUGUGUGUCCUUUUAAAUAGUGUGGCCAUGUCUGGGAUUUGUGUCAUUGGGGGAAGUCUUCUCUCCAGAUACCACAUAAUGAGGUAUGUGGCUCUUAAUGAGCAAGGCUCUCCAGAAUUUUGACCUCCAGAGCCUAUUCCAGUCCCAUUAGGAAGGGAAACUUGAGAGGCGGAUGGGGAGCUGCUCCUCUUGGACCCUUGCCCUCAGAGUCUGUGAGAGUUGGCUUGUGGCUCUUUUCUGGCCUUACAGUCAUCUUGGGCUUCCAUCCCUCUCUGACUUAUUGUUCCUUUUUCCCACCUCUCACCAGCAGCCUCGUUUUUCUCAACCACUUAGGGAGCUUGGGAUGUCCCUGAUUUCUACUGGACAGCCUGUGGGUUUGUUCUGGGGUAGAGGCUUUACCAGGUACACCGCCUUAGGCUGAACACCUUUUUUGGAAGCAGGAAGGGAAGAGGUGUAAUCACUUGCAGAACUUGUGGUGUGGGAUGCCCUGGUCCCUCAGGCUCACCUGGCUGUGUAGGGCUGAGCAUCUGUUGAGGAGGCGGCGGGCUGGGAAUGUCCUAGUUCUACUUAUCUCACUGGGGACAAUUACUGUGGAGAUAGAAGAUGAGACUUGCAUCUCCCUCCUUUGGGCUCAAACCUGAAUUCACCAGGUGUAGGGUGCUAUUUUUUGGCCUGUCCUCUUCUUUUAUUCUCCUUGUUUUUAGGUAGGGAUGAAUUUUGUUCCCUUAACAAGACAGGAAAUGACAGGAAAGUGAGGGGCCAGGGAAAGCUAAGGCUGCUAAAAAACAACUAGUUCAGUAUAUCCACCGUGUGAUUUGGGGUUUCACCCAAAUCAGUUGCCACAAAUGUUAUUUCCGCGGGCUGCUCGGGAUUUAGUUCCUGUAGACUCACGGAAAUGAAGGUGGGCUGGGAGUUGCCCGGUCCCUUUCCAGCCCUGUGCUCUGGUGGGAGCCUCUCUCCCUGACACACGCGCUUCCCCCCCGCCCCCCAGAGGGCGCUGUGGGCGACUCCGCCGCACUACCAGCGGCGUCCCGGGGGAGGAGCCUCUCCUGCAGCCGUCGCCGCCUCUGCAAUCUCAAACCCGGAAGACGCGUUCUCCCAGCUGGAGUGUGCGGGCCGGUCCGGCACGGCCAUGCAGCCUCUUGAGGUAGGUCUGGUUCCCACCCCAGCAAGGGAGCCGAGACUGACCCGCUGGCUGCGGAGAGGCAGUGGGAUCUUGGCACACCUGGUAGCUUUGGGCUUCACCAUCUUUCUGACUGUGCUGUCCCGACCGGGAACCAGUCUUUUCUCCUGGCACCCUGUAUUCAUGGCCUUGGCGUUCUGCCUCUGCAUGGCUGAGGCCAUCCUACUCUUCUCGCCUGAGCACUCCCCGUUCUUCUUCUGUUCCCGAAAAGCUCGGAUCCGGCUCCACUGGGCAGGGCAGACUUUAGCCAUCCUCUGUGCAGCCCUGGGCCUAGGCUUCAUCAUCUCCAGUAGGACCCGCAGUGAGCUACCCCAUCUGGUGUCCUGGCACAGCUGGGUGGGAGCCCUGACGCUGCUGGCCACUGGUGGCCAGGCACUGUGUGGGCUCUGCCUCCUCUGUCCCCGGGCAGCCAGGGUCUCAAGGGUGGCUCGCCUCAAGCUCUACCAUCUGACCUGUGGACUGGUGGUCUACCUGAUGGCUACAGUAACCGUACUGCUGGGCAUGUACUCAGUGUGGUUUCAGGCCCAGAUCAAAGGUGCAGCCUGGUACCUGUGCCUGGCACUGCCCCUCUAUCCAGCCCUGGUGAUUAUGCACCAGAUCUCCAGCUCCUACUUGCCAAGGAAGAAAAUGGAAAUGUGAAUUCCUCCGGCUCUGAAUCUAGGUGGGACACUUGCCAUGUACAUCAAUGGUUCCUUUUUUGACCUACAAGGGACCCACUUCAGAAGUGGUUGGCUUUUUGCCCUUCUUGGGUGGGCCAGGGGCUGCAAAAUCCCAAGCUGCUAUUGUUGAGGGAUAACUCCGUGGGCCAAAGGAGAGAAAUGUACUGGGUGCAAGUGGGAGGUGAUGGAGAACUUGAUCCAGAAGCCUUCACUCAUCAAUGGGAGAUAGAAUAUUGGGUGAUGCUAUUGGUGGUAAUUUCUUGCUUGGGUUCCUCUAAGUCAGCGGUUCUCAACCUGUGGAGCAUGACCCCCAGGAAUUGUAUUAAAGGGCCGCAGUAUUAGGAAGGUUGAGAAUCACUGCUCUAAGUUAUGAAUGGUAGCCAUGAAUAUUUUGGUCACUCUUGAGAAAGCAGUGUGAUACAGUAUAGAGAGCCCAUGGGUUUUAUGUAUGGGUUAAGCUCUGUUGUGUGAUCCUAGGUAAGUUCAAUAUCUCUCACUUUCCUCAUCUAUGAAAUGUUUCUAAACAAUCUCUAAAUCCCAUGUCUAAUAUUCAGUGUCUAUCAGGUGAUAACAGAACACCCUUGCAGCUCUGGACUGUUGGGCCCACUUAGCAGACUCAGAAUGUAAUUCUUACCUUCAUUCUCCUUUUGUUUCUCUGUAGGAACAGGUCUGUCCUCAGGGCCCUUCAGAAAUCUGAGCUGGUUUGGUCCUGGACUAGGGCACAAGGGGUGAGAAAGGACUGUGAAAGGAAGGGACCCAGGUGAGGGACUUCGGGGCUCAAAAAAGUAAAGGCACUAAAGUCACUUUAAAGCAUUUAGAAAAGCAGGAGAACACUGGCUUUAAAAAGCCUGUGGCUCUUGGCUGGGCUGUUUAGCUCAGUGAGGAACUUCCUCUGCCUCAGGAUAUAGGCUUGAGGGCUGCAGAACCUGGGUGUGCUUUGUCCCCUGACGUCCAUUCUUGGGGCAUCUCAUGCUUUGCCUUUCUUGGGGCUCAGGUUCUUGCCUUAGCACAUACAUGGGUCACUGCAAAAGUUUUGAGACAGACUUCAUUAUCGUCCAUUAUUUCACUUCCAAGAAACAUAGUCAACACUGUCCUUUCUGAUUCACCUGUGCAAGUUGCAACUUGCUCUGUUCAUCACUGUUGCUGGGAGGGCUGCAUUUGUUUCCACCCAUAUUGAUUUAGCGUUUGACUUUUGUGUCAUGCAAAACUUCUUCAUAACUCCCGGAGCUUCGUGGAGCUAUUUCAAAGCUUUUAAUAAAGGCCAAGGAAAUGGGGUGGGUCUCUUUUAAUCCAAGGAAAACAAAGUUUCCCCUUAUUUUCUAAGCUUCCUUAAGCUGUUGUCUUUUGCAAGCCCAUUGGCCCAAGAGGGAGCCAAGUUUGGCAUCAGCUGGCAAACGAGGGCUGGGCUCUCUUCUCUGCAGAGACCCCCCUCCUUGUUACAGCUAAAAGUAGUUCCCCAGACUGCCCUUGGUGGGGAGGGCUGGAUGCCAAACUGGAUAGCUGUGGUCUGGCUCAGUUGGGAAAUAGGACCUCCAUAGACAUGGCAAGGACUGAAGACAGCUAAGCCAGGAAAGCUGCUGGCAAGACAGGUAGAUACAGCUCACAGGGAACUAUGGGAGACCUGGGUUGUAGGUCUCCCAGAGUUUGGAUGGAAACAAAUGCAGGUGUAGGGGCUGGAGCUUCCAGUUCCUUGGAGCAUGGGAAGGCGUUUCUAGAUGUCAGUAUUUGGGAUGUCCUAAGUCUUCCGAAGAUUCAGGUCCUCCUCUCUGGGUAGCUCAGAAGUAAGAUUAGUGUGAUUCAGUAAUUUAGGAAUGGGGACCACAAGGAAGGACAGAAGUGUCCUCUCAGUGUACCCCACUGUGCUCCUCCUAGGUAAGACUGCAUCUCCCAAGAGCUUUCUAGACAAGGGGGCAUCUAAAAGAGGCCUCUGUUGUGCAGAGGGCUGAUUGCUCCUGU